AUGGACGAGUUCGCGCAAACACGUGGAGGGGAUGACCUGUUCGACGAUGAGAUCAUCCCCGUCUCUGCAGAGCAACAACAACAAAUGCAGCUGCAAGAACAACAAGAACAACACUCCCCGCCGGCGGACGACCACCACCAGCAGUCCUUUGAAGAGAGUAUCGCGCCCGCAACAGCAUCAACUACUAUCGACAGAGACGUAUCAUCUCCUGCGCGGACUGACACCCCGUCGCGUUCACGCGGGGGCAGAGGGGGCCGGGGUGGGCGGAGGGGGUCGCAGAACUCUGGCCGGAGGGGUGAUCCGAACACUACGGCGGAGAGCCCUGCGGGUGAGAAGCCUGCAGCGGAGGGUCCGCGGGUGCCUGCUGUACGUGGAGAUCGAAGUGCUACGGGUGGUAUCAAGAAGCCGAAACUCACGGAAGAGGAGCUCUCGCGUCGUAUUGCGGCUGCGAAGGAGAACGCUGCCAAGGUAGCCGCGGCGCACGCUCGGGCUGAAGCUGACCAAGCCUCAUUCCUUGAGAGGGAGAAGGUUGCGGAGGAGAAGAGACGCCAGGAACGGGUGCAGCGCCGGGUCAUGGAUAACGAGCGGGAACGCAACCGACAGCGGAAGUUACAAGCCUUUGCGGGCCGGGAGUGGGAUGCUCAGAAGAAGGAGGAGGAUUUCAACCCGCGCGGUGGGCGCGGGGGCUUCCGUCGAGGUAUGCACGGUGGUGUUUCUGGCUAUACGAGACGCGACUUUGAAGGGCAGCCUAGCGACCAGCCUAGUGGGGGCCAUCGAGGUCGAGGCCGUGGGGGUCGCGGUGGACGUGGUCGCGGUGGUCAUCGUGGCCCACGGGAGGAUCUUCCCCAGACGGACGGCGCGGCUGAGAAUCUGCCAGGCCUGGGCGAGUCGAGGUGGGCUCCUGCUCCGGUGCUUGACAAUGAGGCAGACUUCCCUGCGCUCCCUGGCAGUGAGAAGAACGGGAAGGAUACCUCGAAAGAGGCCCCGAAAGAGUGGGUCAAGGAGGAACAGAAGGACACUCAGAAGGAGGUCGUCAAGGACUCCUCCGAUGAGCCUAAGGAGCCAAAGGCACCUCUCAAUGCUGCAACAACUGCAGUGAACCUGGACCUUCUCAACGUGGACCCUCUUUCACCGAUGGAAGGGACUUCUUGGGCUGAACAAGUCGAGUCGCAGUAA